GUGUAACGCCCCAUUUACGCCAGAAGGAGGAAAGUAUCUACAGCCAGUCUGUGGAUAACCUGUGUGGCACAUACAUAGCUCCUAUUUGUUAAAGAAAUUACAGUUUUGUAGCCUUUUGCUUCAGGACCUGUGUAAACUACACUGUUCUUAUUUGAAGAAGGGAGCUUCUUCACCUUCCAAGCCAGUCCUUUUACUGUCUUUUACGUACACGGAUACUGUUCUAGGCAAACUUUGGGAACAUGGAUGGCUGUUGUAUGUCUGUUGAAGAGAGGGAGAGUUACAGGAUCCACAAAGAGAUCGAGAGACAGCUGAGAAUGGACAAAAAUGAUGCGCAUCGACAGCUAAAGCUGUUACUUCUAGGUACAGGGGAGAGUGGUAAGAGCACCUUUAUCAAGCAGAUGAGAAUAAUCCAUGGAAAGGGCUACUCGGAGGAUGACAGAAGAGACUACACCAGGCUCGUCUUCCAGAAUAUAUUUGUUGCAGUUCAAGCUAUGAUCCAAGCCAUGGAGACCCUGCGUAUCCCAUUCAUAGAUGACAAAAACACAAAUUUUGCUGCAAUGCUAAGUGGUGUGACACCGGAAACAGUGAUGACAAUGGAGGCCCACCAUGCUGAGGCCAUAAAGAGUGUGUGGAGUGACCAUGGCAUGCAGCAAUGCUAUGAGCGCAGGAGAGAGUAUCAGCUGUCAGAUUCAGCCAAAUAUUACCUGGAUGACAUAGACAGAAUCUCCUCUGCUCUUUACGUGCCUACUGUCCAGGAUAUUCUGCGAGUCAGAGUGCCCACCACUGGAAUUAUAGAGUAUCCCUUUAACCUCAGCUCUGUUAUAUUCAGGAUGGUUGAUGUGGGAGGUCAGCGGUCAGAGAGGAGGAAAUGGAUUCACUGUUUUGAGAAUGUGACCUCUAUAAUCUUCCUGGCGGCACUGAGCGAAUAUGACCAGGUCUUGCUUGAGAAUGCCAGUGAGAACCGUAUGGAUGAGAGCAAGGCUCUGUUUAAAACCAUCAUCACUUACCCAUGGUUCCAAAAUACCUCCAUUAUCCUUUUUCUCAACAAGACAGACAUCCUUAAAGAGAAAAUCACUAAGUCUCACCUUGCAGACUACUUUCCUGAAUACCGGGGCCCUAAGUGUGAUGCAGAUACUGCAAUGAAGUUUAUUCUCAAAAUGUAUGAAGAGCAGAACUCAGAACGCAAACGCAUGUACUCACAUUUUACAUGCGCCACAGACACAGAAAAUAUCCGUUUAAUCUUCUCAGCAGUGAAAGACACUAUAAUGAGAAUCCACUUUGAGGAGUUCAACUUGACUUAA